AUGGCUUCCAACACCAAUGCUGCCCCCAGUGGAGCGGAGGGAGAACAGCAGCCGGAGCAGACUAUCACCUCCCAGCCAACCAGCGCUGAGCACCAAGAGACAGCCCAUGACUCCAGCCAAUCGGAAUCCAAAGACCACUUGGCAGUAAUCAGCGAGAAGAUGGAGACCAGUAAUGGAAUGUGUGCUGCCGACUCCUCGCCCACAUCUUCCAUCUCGUCCCCCAAGCGACUGCAACACGCAAAACCAACCAACGGCCGUGCCCGGAAAGGAAGCCGCUCUGGGUCCCUGCUGGGUCAUGGGGCAGGGUCUCCCAGGCCUUCAAUCAGCCGUCAGCCCAGCACCGUGACAGAGGAGGACAACGGCAAGCCCCCUAGAGACUACCUGAUCCUGGCCAUCCUGUCCUGCUUCUGCCCCUUGUGGCCCAUCAACAUCGUGGCUCUCGUCUUCUCUGUUAUGUCGAGGAACAGCCUGCAGCUGGGGAACAUUGACGGGGCGCGGCGUCUGGGCCGGAACGCAAUGGUGCUGUCCAUCGUCUCGUUAGUUGGCGGGGUCAUCAUCAUCAUCGCAGCCAUCGUCUUAAACUGGGGAAGUUGA